UAACAAUCUCGUAUCAUUUUUAAUAAGCAAUUGACGUGGCAGGCACAGUAAUAAGAAUCAGCCCACGUGUUAUCAUUUCAUUCGACCUGUCACACACGUGGAUGCUUCGCCUAACAUUCUCCAACCGAUUUCCACCUUCCACUCACCGCCAACAUUCGAUACAUGUCACUUUAUUCUUCACAUUUCACCGCCAAAAAAAAAUAAAUUAAAAGAAGAAGAAGAAAUCUCACAACCGACUUUUCCCGCCCAUCUCUGAAACUUUCUCGGCAGCCAAACAGCGUACAAACCACGCGCCGAUCGCCGGAGCAAAUAUGAUGUGGAGCCACCCGUACCGUAAGGUGGACGCCGAGGCCGGAGCGGGGCCCCGGUUCCUGGUUAUGCUGGAGCCGCCGCAUCUCCGGUGGGCCUUCAUCCGCAAGGUUUACUCCAUCAUUUCUGUUCAGUUGCUCGCCACCAUUGCCAUCGCCGCCACCGUCGUUUCGGUUCGUCCAAUAUCGACAUUCUUUGUCCGAGACAGCACAGGGCUGGCCUUGUAUGUACUGGUCAUAAUCACGCCCUUCAUAAUGCUGUGCCCGUUGUUCUAUUACCAUCAGUAUCACCCGGUGAAUUAUAUUCUUCUCGGAAUCUUCACUGUUUCUCUGGCAUUUGCUGUUGGAUUGACUUGUGCUUUUACCAGCGUCUCCGUCUCCACAAAAGUGUAUCAUGCCUGAAUCUAACUGGGGUUCGCGGUGGUGGAGGAACUGGAUCGGAAAAAAGAGGGAUUCCAGUUGUAAGAUAUCUAAUGAAACCGUCGCUGGAAUUGAGAUCUCAUUCAAAGAGAAAGAUAUCAAAUAUCUGGAGUUUCUUUUUGUAUAUUAUAUGGAUGAUCAGAUCCGCAAGGACCAUGAUUGGGAAUUGUUUGAUCGUCUUUCUCCGAGGAAGAGGCGAAACAUAAUCAACUUGAAUUCGGGACAGCUAUUCGAAAUCUUAGUGAAAGACUGGAUUUGUUAUCUCAUGUUUGCUUUUCGUGAAAAAAUACCAAUUGAAGUGGARGGCUUCUUMAAACAACAAGGAGCUGGGUCAACUAUUCAAUCAAAUGAUAUUGAGCAUGUUUCCCAUCUCUUCUCGAGAAACAAGUGGGCUAUUUCUUUGCAAAAUUGUGCUCAAUUUCAUAUGUGGCAAUUCCGCCUUCUUGGGUCCGGGAGAGGUCCUCAAGAAAAAU